GUGGCUAUAAAGGCCAAUCCACUCUCUCUCCAGGCACCCCGAGCCGCCAAAACCCUACCGCCGCCGCGAAUCCCGCACGACCCCAACCAUGACCGUGCUGAGCCGCCCUACCCCGGGCACGGCCCAGUGCUUCGGGCGGAAGAAGACCGCCGUCGCGGUCGCGUACACGAAGCCGGGGCGCGGCCUGAUCAAGGUGAACGGCGUCCCGAUUGAGCUGAUCCGACCGGAGAUGCUCCGCCUCAAGGCCUUCGAGCCCAUCCUGCUGGCGGGGCGGUCCCGGUUCAAGGACAUCGACAUGCGGAUCCGCGUCCGCGGCGGCGGGAAGACGUCGCAGAUCUACGCCAUCCGCCAGGCCGUCGCCAAGGGGCUCGUCGCCUACUACCAGAAGUACGUCGACGAGGCCGCCAAGAAGGAGAUCAAGGACAUCUUUACCCGCUACGAUCGCACCCUCCUCGUCGCUGACCCCCGGCGCUGCGAGCCGAAGAAGUUCGGCGGACGUGGUGCCCGCGCCAGGUUCCAGAAGUCGUACCGUUGAGCGGCUGCCUGCUCCAUCUCGAUUUUUCAGAUCGUUGUGGGUGUUCUUCGCUUUAUUUCCUAUCAAUGGAUCUGCUUAUCUGGUUCUAUAUCUAGCUGCUGCUUUACCAUAAUGUUUAGACUUUAAUGCCUAGCCUGAAACCUUGUUUGCAAUGUGAAAUUAAUGUGAGAGAUUAUGAAGACUAUUUUGGCUAGUCCCUC